AUGGUCAACAAGCCCAUGCAGUGCGCGAGCAAGGCCGCCGAGAGCGCGUCCACACGUCUCUGUGCGGACGCCGAAGCAGAAACCACAGCAGCUAAUGUCUCAUCGGUUGCUGAAGCGACUCAGCCUGUGUCACCUGGUGAUGCAGGCGAUCUUCAUGAAGACACUCAUGUCUUCACAGAGUACGAGCUCGGUGUCUCAUACUCUCCUGAUACGGAAGACGGAUCUGUAUCGAAAACGGUUGAAAUCAAACAAGCCGCCUGCCAAGCAUGGCAUGGAUGA